GAUUUAAGUCAGAGGCAAAGAGAGAGAGAGGGAGUUCAUUGAUAAAUCUAUAUCUUAUCGAAGCUUUGAAAGGCCCAUGCUUUGGAUUUGAUUGGUGAAGGGAAAGAAAAGCCAAAAUGGAAACGCCUCCAGCGGAGGAGCUUUUGAGGAAGAUCCAAGAACUGGAAGCGGGACAUGCGCAUCUCAAGCAGGAAAUGUCAAGGUUGAAACAAUCCGGGGAGUCAAAGCCCGACUCCGCUCGUCAAAGAUCCCACUCUACAUCCCCUCAACGCCCUCGAUUCCCGGGGGCGGCGGCUGCUGCUUCUUGGAAGAAAGGUUCGGGUUCGUUUCGACAUUCGUCGCCGUUGCAAAGAGAGAGCAGAAGCAGUGGUACGGUAAAUGGCGGCGAAAGUGGAGGCGGAGGAAGAACCGGGAACAUCGGGCCAGCUGCCGUUAAUUUCACUAAUGGCCAGUAUCUGAAUAUAUUACAGUCUCUGGGACAAUCUGUUCAUAUAUUUGAUCUCAGUGGCCGUAUAAUUUAUUGGAACCGAACUGCUGAAAAGCUUUAUGGUUAUUCCGCAGCAGAGGCUUUAGGGCAAGAUGCCAUUGAGCUUCUUGUUGACCCUAGGGACUUUGCGGUCGCGCAUAAUAUAUUUCAUCGUGUUACCAUGGGGGAGAGUUGGACUGGACAAUUUCCGGUUAAGAAUAAAAUGGGGGAGAGGUUUUCGGCAGUUGCAACCAAUACUCCUUUUUAUGAUGAUGAUGGUACUUUGGUUGGAAUCAUUUGUGUAUCCACUGAUUCUCGACCUUUUCAAGAGAUGAGAGUUGCACUGUCAGCUGAAAGGCAACCAGAAGGAGAUUCAACCUUUAGCCGGUCUAAAAAUGCUGUCUCGGCCAAGCUUGGUCUUGAUCCUCAGCAGCCUCUGCAAACUGCAAUUGCUUCGAAAAUAACAAAUUUGGCGUCUAAGGUGAGCAACAAAGUGAAGUCCAGAAUGAGGACUGGAGAGAAUUGUUUUGAUCGUGAAGGGGGAUGUGGAGAUAGUCAUUGUUCUCAACAUGGUUUCUCUGAUGCCGCUUGUUCUGAUCAUAAAGAGGAUGCAACUUCCAGUGGAGCCAGUACACCUAGGGGAGAUGUACACCCAUCUGCCUUUGGUGUGUUUUCUCCUUUUGACGAGAAGUCCCCAGUGAAAACCUCUAGAGAUUCUGGUGAUGAAAGUGAAGGAAAACCUGCAAUCCAAAAGCUUAUUACUUUAAUGGGUAAAAAAGGGAUAUCAUGGCCUUGGAAGGGGAAUGAUCGAGAAGCAUCAGAGGCAAGGACUACCCGGUUUGUUUGGCCUUGGUUGGGAAAUGAUCAAGAGAGUGAAACAUUUCAACAAAAGGGCCCAUUUUCUGGUACAAAAGCUGAAGUCCAUGUUAAUGAAAGUAAUAGACCUGUCAAUAUUGAGGCAACAGGUUCCUGGUCAUCCUCUGUUAAUGUUAACAGCACAAGCAGUGUCAGCAGUUGUGGGAGUACCAGCAGUAGUGCUGUUAAUAAAGUUGAUAUGGACACUGAUUGUUUAGAUUAUGAAAUCUUGUGGGAAGACUUGACAAUUGGAGAUCAAAUUGGGCAAGGUUCUUGUGGAACUGUGUAUUAUGGUCUGUGGUAUGGAUCAGAUGUUGCUGUCAAGGUAUUCUCCAAGCAGGAAUAUUCAGAUGAUGUGAUACAUUCCUUUCGACAGGAGGUAUCUCUGAUGAAAAGACUUCGGCAUCCAAAUGUUCUGCUGUUCAUGGGAGCUGUGACUUCACCUCAACGUCUCUGCAUUGUCACAGAGUUCCUUCCACGGGGGAGUUUGUUUCGCUUACUACAGAGGAAUACUACCAAAUUAGAUUGGAGACGGCGUGUUCAUAUGGCUUUGGAUAUUGCACGAGGUGUGAAUUAUCUUCAUCACUGCAAUCCACCUAUCAUUCAUCGUGAUUUGAAGUCUUCAAAUCUCCUGGUUGAUAAGAAUUGGACUGUGAAGGUAGGCGAUUUUGGUUUGUCACGACUCAAGCAUGAAACAUUUCUCACAACAAAGACUGGGAAAGGAACGCCUCAAUGGAUGGCGCCGGAAGUUCUUCGUAAUGAGCCCUCAGAUGAGAAGUCCGAUGUUUAUAGUUUUGGAGUGAUAUUGUGGGAGCUUGCUACUGAGAAGAUACCUUGGGAUAAUCUCAACUCAAUGCAGGUGAUUGGAGCUGUAGGGUUCAUGAACCAACGGCUAGAGAUUCCAAAGGAAGUAGAUCCACGGUGGGCUUCUAUAAUUGAGAGCUGCUGGCACAGUGAUCCACAGUGCCGGCCAGCACUCCAGGAACUACUGGAAAAGCUUAGAGAUCUGCAAAGACAGUAUACUAUCCAAUUUCAGCAAGCCCGAAACUUGGCUGGAGAUGGCUCUCAAAAGGAAUCGUGAAUCAAAUGUAUGUGUUUUUUGUUCUAUUCUUUCCUUUCCAGCAAAAGCUGUAGAAGCAUGGGCAGUUUUUCUGCAAAACUUUUGCACCCCUUGCUGUUCAGCUGAUGGUAACCACAAAUUUGCCACUUAGACUUGUUGCAUUCGCCUUGAAAAACUCAUUCCAGACAAAGAAAGACGAAAAGGAGGUAGUAGCUGGCACCAUGCGAGCAUUGCCCGCCCUAAGUUUGAAGGUGAUUAGCUGGUUGUGAGAUGUUUUUUAUACUCUGACAUCAUAAAAAUCUUUGAAAAUCUGUCAGUGGUGCCGUUGUGUAAUUAGAGUCAUGUUGGUUGGGAUCAUGUCUCCUGUGAUUUUUAAAUGACGAGCAUGUCAGGACUACUAAGGAAAGUUGUACAGAAUACACAAAUCUCUACAUUGGAGUAAAUAGAGUGAGAUUAAUGUCUUGCUUUGUUUGUUAUUUACCACUAAAAUGGGAAUGCUUUGUUACUUCCAUAGUUUCUGGGUCA